GUCAAAACCCAAAACAUGUGUUGUUUUGGCAUUUUUGGGGUUUAAAGAGAUUUUGACACAAAGUUUUGCAAACAAUUCGUGUUUUAAGUCUAAACAGACAAUGAGUUUAUUGCUGUGCGAAGACAUGUGCGAACACAUCACCGAAGAUAUACUCAAGACAUUGGUGUCGAUGAAAGUGAAGUCAGUGGUGGACCUGAUUGGGUACUCUUUGCCGAAACUGCGGUCGGACUGCCGUCAAAGUGGCCUUCAUUUCGAGACACUAAUGGAUAUCAGAAAUGAAUUGUCCGAAAGAUUUGGUGCCAAAAGAGUGAAUGCAUUUGAUUUGUAUCGCAAACCUCUGGACGACUAUCGCGUCCACUCGUUUAAGACGGGAAUUCAUGAAUUGGAUCAAAUAUUGACGAAAGGGAUCCGAAGGGGAGAAGUGAUUCAAAUCGAGGGCAACAGCGGUUCCGGAAAGACAUUGUUUUGCUAUACUUUGAUGGCUUCUGUGGUCAGAGAGUUUGGUUAUAAAGUGUUGUAUUUGGACACAGAUUUGGGAUUCUCUGCGCCAAAAGUGUUGGAAAUACUUCGCAAUCGCUUCCCUUCGCUGAGCGAUGAGACCAUCGAAGAGAUAAUGUCUGAAAUGGAUGUGUUGAACGUGUUUGAUAUGCCAUCACUUUUCGAUACAAUUGAAACCAUUGAUUACGAUUUGGAGACAAAUGCCGACUCCGUAUUCAAAGACCUGUCACUCCUUAUUGUGGAUUCGGUUUCGAGUCUAAUGUCAUUCGCGUUGAAGAAGAGUGUGGCCAUCGAUGAGAAACGGAAUCGGCCUAAGAAUCGUGGAUUUGAUUCGUUGGCGUUGACCACACAAAUGGGCCAAAUGUUGCGCGCGUUGGCCGACAAACACUCGGUGGCGGUUGUGGUCACAAACGAUCUAAUGGUUGCCCAUAAGAAUAGUUGGAACAAAUUCUGUGAUCUCUGUCUACACUUUGAGGGCCAAGAAGUGGUCGAAAAUGAGCCCUUUUUCACCACAUUCACGGUUACGCAGACCUACGACAGGAGUAUUGCGACACCGAUUGACAAUAUGGUAGAGAUUUCAGAGAUAGGAAUGGGAAGUCCGGUGGCAGUGGACUGUCCUCCGGAACCUGUUGUGCAGAAUCGGUCCCAAAGACCCGACGAGAGCCAACACGACUCCGCUAUUGAUUCCGAUUAG